AAUAAAUAUUACAAAAUAAUUUCACUCAAAAUCUAACAAAACUUAUCCCCCGGUUUUCCUCAACACCGCUUUAAAGAACACGCCCCUGCCGCCACCGCCACCUCCUCCUCCUCCUCCUCCUCCUCCUCCUCUCGCCACCGUCUUUGAAACUCAUCGUCGGCAACCGUCUUUGAAACUCAUCGCCGGCAAUCGUCGUCCACACGCCGGUGCUCCGCCAAUAAUGGCUUACCGUUUCAGUAAUGCGUACUUCUUUUCUACCUAAAAACCUUUCCUUAUCCAAGCAACUUCAAAAGUGUAUUCCAAAUUCAUGGAAACAAAAACCCACAAAACCCUUUCACAAACCACUCAUUUCUUCAAAUAAUUCACCAUCAUCGUCACUAUCAUCAUCGUUUUCUAUGGUUGGUGUUCUUAUUGCAUCCCUCAAGGAUUUCAUCACCUAUAAUCACUUAUCAAACGCAUUCAAAACCUUCAUUCACAUACAACACCACCAUGCUUCAUCUUUUGACAUUAUCUUCCAACCCAUUAAACAUCUUCUAUUGGGUUGCACAAAUCUCAAGUCUUUAUCACAGGGUAAACAAAUUCAUGCUCAUAUUAUCUCACUGGGUAUUCAUCAAAAUCCAAUCUUGGUUUCGAAGCUUAUUAAUUUCUAUGCAAGUGUUGAUUUACUAGCUGAUGCUCAAAUUGUUGCUGAGUGUUCAAAUAGUUUUGAUCCUUUACAUUGGAAUAUGGUUAUUUCUUUGUAUGUUAAGAAUUGUUUGUUUGAGGAUGCAAUUUCUGUUUAUAGGAGAAUGUUGAGUAAGGGUGUUAUACCAGAUGAUUAUACUUAUCCGUCGGUUCUUAAGGCUUGCGGGGAAUUAUUGGAUUAUGAUAGUGGUGUGGCGGUUCAUAAGGCUAUUCAAGAGAGUUCUAUUAAGUGGAGUUUGUUUGUGCAUAAUGCAUUGGUGUUUAUGUAUGGUAGGUUUGGGAAGUUAGAGGUGGCUCGUGAAUUGUUUGAUAUUAUGCCAGCUAGAGAUGAUGUUUCGUGGAAUACUAUGAUUAGUUGUUAUGCUUCUAGGGGUUUGUGGGAUGAAGCGUUUCGGUUAUUUGGAUGUAUGCGAGAGGCAGGUAUUGAAAGGAAUAUUAUUAUAUGGAAUACCAUUGCUGGAGGGUGCUUGCAUACGGGAAAUUUUAAAGGGGCGCUUAAGUUGUUUUCUCAAAUGAGAGCAGUGAUUCAGUUGGACUCUGUUGCAAUGGUUGUUGGAUUGAAUGCAUGUUCGCACAUUGGAGCGGUUAAAUUGGGAAAGGAGAUUCAUGGUCAUGCUGUAAGAACUUGCUUUGAUGUGUUUGACAACGUGAAAAACACAUUAAUUACAAUGUAUUCCAGGUGUAGAGAUCUCAAUCAUGCAUAUUUGUUGUUUCGAAAAAUUGAUGAGAAAGGUUUGAUCACAUGGAAUGCCAUGCUUUCUGGGUUUGCUCACAUGGAUCGAUCUGAGGAAGUCUCCUUCCUUCUUAGAGAAAUGCUACGUGAGGGCGUUGAGCCUAAUUAUGUGACCAUUGCAAGCAUUCUUCCCCUUUGCGCUCGAAUAGCAAAUCUACAACAUGGUAAAGAGUUUCAUUGCUACAUGGUAAAGCGUGAAGAACAGUUCAAGGGCUAUUUAUUAUUGUGGAACUCACUGGUGGAAAUGUAUUCAAGGUCUGGCAAAGUUUUAGAAGCCAGGAAAGUCUUUGAUUCAUUAAGCAGGAAAGAUGAAGUCACGUAUACUUCCAUGAUUAUGGGAUAUGGUGUGAGUGGGGAUGGAGAAACUGCUCUAAAAUUAUUUGCAGAGAUGCGCAGGCUCAAUAUUAAACCGGAUCACGUAACAAUGGUUGCAGUUCUAAUAGCAUGUAGUCAUUCUGGCCUUGUAGCACAAGGGCAAGUACUAUUUAGAAAGAUGAUAGAAGUCUAUGGAAUAGAUCCUAGGGUUGAGCACUAUUCAUGCAUGGUUGAUCUCUUUGGAAGGGCUGGUCUUCUUGACAAAGCAAAGGAGGUUAUCACAGGGAUGUCAUGCAAGCCUACUUCGGCAAUAUGGGCUACUCUUAUAGGAGCUUGUAAAAUCCAUGGAAAUACAGUGAUUGGGGAAUGGGCUGCAGGAAAGUUGCUGGAAAUGAAGCCUGAUCAUUCAGGUUAUUAUUUGUUGAUUGCAAAUAUGUAUGCAGCUGCUAACCGGUUGGACAAAGAAGCUGAAGCGAGGACUUAUAUGAGGGAUUCAGGUGCGAAAAGGACUCCUGGUUGUGCUUGGGUUGAUGUUGGCAGGGAGCUUUGUCCCUUUUUAGCUGGGGACACUUCCAACCCUCGUUCAUGCGAGAUCUCCCCCAUGAUGAAAAGGUUGAAUAUACUCAUGAAAGAUGCUGGUUAUGCACCUAGCGAAGGGGUUGUCUCAUCUGAGGAAGAUUUUGAGGAGUUGAGUAUGAUAGGGAAUGAACUCAUCAAAGAUGCUGGUUAUGUACCAAGCGAAGGGGUUGUCUCAUCUGAGGAAGAUUUUGAGGAGUUGAGUAUGAUAGGGAAUGUAAGUUGAAUACAAGUUAAAAAUAUUUUUAAAUGGCUAUUCAUGUACUUAAAACACAUGGCAGAUUUUUAGCACUAGUUACAAUUACAAAGUUACAUUCCCACAUGCACAAACCCACAGAGCAGAAAUAGCUUGAUCGGUUGCCAGGUCAAGCAGCAUAAUUGAAGAGUACAUCGUUUUGGCAUAUGCAAAGCAGGGUCAUGGACAAUUUGGUGUGCAAGUUGAGAGCAACAUAGAGGAUCCAUGGCAUCUGUCCUCAACAAUGGAGAUAAGAAGGUUGUUAAUGGUGCAAGAAGUCGAUUUCAUGGCUUAGAAGCAUCUUGAACCAUAAUUUGCUACUGCGCUAUUUUUUUAUGCUGUCCUUGAUUUCCAGAAAUGAGUUAUUCAAAUUAGUAUUUUUUGUACAGCAGGUGGAGAGCAUUUGGAUAUAGAUAAUUUCAAUUGGUUGCAACUUCUCAACAAGGAUGAAAUAAUUAAAGAAUGCAAAGCCCUUAAUUUGCCUUAUAUAAAUUUGUAUUGAUCAUUUUUUUCCACCAUUGGAUUUAAUUCUUGUUAGUAAUUCAAUUAGCAUUGUUUUGGUGUAAUUUUUUAUGUCUUAAUUUGAGUUUGGUAUCUGGUUGCUGCUAUGUCAGCAUUUGAUUGUAUUGUUUGUUGGUCUAGGCUCUACUUGUGUCUGGGACCCCUGUUAUCUAAUUUGUCAAGUGUAGAUAUGCAUUUCCGAGUUAAAUUAUGUUGCUCUGUGAUAAGUUUUUUAUUUUAUUA